AUGGAGAACGAGGAUCUUAUUGAUUACGAAGAAGAAGUGUCAGUGCCCCCCUCUGGUACUACGCAAGCCGACACAAAUGCUUCGGCAGGAGCAGCUCCAGCCGGUGACGGUGACGAGGGCAACAAGAAGGGUAGUUACGUGGGUAUUCACUCUACCGGGUUCCGUGACUUUUUGCUGAAACCAGAACUGCUCCGAGCCAUCAGCGAUCUAGGCUUUGAGCACCCAUCUGAGGUGCAGCAAGAAUGUAUUCCUCAGUCGAUUCUGGGGAUGGACGUCGUGUGCCAGGCCAAAUCAGGUAUGGGUAAGACGGCCGUCUUUGUGCUGGCCUCGCUCCAGCAACUGGAGCCUGUGGAUGGAGAAGUGUCUGUGCUUGUGCUGUGUCACACGCGCGAGCUUGCAUACCAGAUCCGCAACGAGUAUGCGCGUUUCACAAAAUACAUGCCCGAGGUUCGUACAUCCGUCGUCUAUGGAGGUACCCCCAUCAAGGAAGACCAAGCCAUGCUCGCAGACAAAGCAAAGUGCCCCCACAUCCUUGUCGGAACACCUGGCCGCAUGAAUGGUCUCGUGCGCGACAAGUCGCUUAAGGCUGGCGAUGUGAAGCACUUCGUGAUUGAUGAGUGCGAUAAAAUCUUGGACAACUUGGACAUGCGUCGUGAUGUGCAGGAAAUUUUCCGCGCUACGCCUCAUCACAAGCAGGUCAUGAUGUUCAGUGCUACGUUAGCGAAAGAGAUCCGUCCAACAUGCAAAAAGUUUAUGCAGAACCCACUCGAAAUUUAUGUGGACGAUGAAACCAAACUUACGCUCCACGGUCUUCAGCAGUACUACGUGCGACUGGAAGAGGCGGGGAAGAACCGUAAGUUGAAUGACUUGCUCGACACAUUGGAAUUCAACCAAGUGAUCAUCUUUGUCAAGUCCAUUUCUCGUGCGAACCAGCUUGAUCAGCUCCUGCGCGAAUGUAAUUUCCCAUCCAUUUGCAUCCACGGUGGUCUGCCACAGGACGAGCGUAUCAAGCGCUAUCAACAGUUCAAGAACUUUGAGAAGCGUAUUCUUGUGGCUACGGACAUCUUUGGUCGUGGUAUUGAUGUCGAGCGCGUCAACGUGUCGAUUAGUUACGAUACGCCCUCUGACGCAGACUCAUACCUGCACCGCGUGGGUCGUGCGGGUCGAUUCGGAACGAAGGGAUUGGCCAUUACGUUCGUGUCGAGUGACGAAGAUGCAGAGGUGCUCAAACAAAUUCAAAGCCGCUUUGAGGUGGCUGUGCCAGAACUGCCGGAAACCAUCGAGGCUAGCACAUAUAUGAACGCCUAG